AGGGUUACAUUCACAUUUAUAAAUAAAGAUGGUUCAAAAACAGUAGUUUCAGAACCAGUCGGUACAAAUGUUUUAGAAGCAGCUCAUGACAAUGAUGUUGAUUUAGAAGGUGCUUGUGAAUGUUCAUGUGCAUGUUCAACAUGUCAUGUUCAUGUUCAACAAAAAUACUUUGAUAUGUUACCAGAACCAACUGAUGAAGAAAAUGAUAUGUUGGAUUUAGCAUUCGAUUUAAAAGAAAAUUCUAGAUUAGGUUGUCAAAUUAAAUUAUCAAAAGAAUUAGAAGGAAUGGAAGUUUCAAUACCAUCAGCUUCAAGAAACAUGAGUGUAGAUGGUUAUAAACCACCAAGACAUUAA